AUGCCUCAAACCGUUGGCAAAUACGAUGGUCUAGGUGACCCUGAGGACCAUCUCAAUCUAUUCAAAAGAGCAAGAGAGGUAGCCUGUUGGCCUAUGCCCCUCUGGUGCAAAAUGUUUGUGCAAACUCUGGUAGGCGUGGCUCGGGUCUGGUGGGAUAGUCUGCCCAUUGGGGAGAUUGAUAGUUUCGAGGAUCUAGAGUCCAAAUUCAUCUUGCAAUUUAGCCAACAACGCCGGCACACUAAAGAUCAAAACGAACUUCUCCACAUCCGCCGGCGAGACAAUGAAACGGUGGAAAGUUUCAUCGCUAGAUUCAAUAAAGAAAGCCUGGCAAUCCCAGGUGUCACAAAUGAUCUAGCGUGUGGAGCUUUCCUACAAGGAGUAAAUUGA